AUGAGCCAUUUCACGGGGAAGCUAACGACGACGCAAAGCCUAGAGGGCCGGCUCCUGUUCGCCGUGCCCAAGAAGGGCCGCUUGAACUCCGCCACGCUCAACCUGCUUGAGGGAGCCGACAUCCAGUUCCGCCGCGAGAACCGACUCGACAUCGCCCUCGUCAAGAACCUCCCCAUCGCCCUCAUCUUCCUCCCCGCUGCCGACAUCCCCACCUUCGUUGGCGAGGGCCGCGUCGAUCUUGGAAUCACGGGCUGGGACCAGGUUCAAGAGCACGAUGCCGGCGUAAUUGCCAGCAACAAGGCCCGGAGAGCCUCUGUCUCGUUGAACGGCGAGGAUGCCGAGCUUCAAAAGGUUGGGGGCUGCGAGAUGGUCAUGGAGCUUGGUUUCGGCCACUGCAAGCUGCAGACUCAGGUUCCUGAGAAGGGCGCGUACGCGACUACGGAGGAUCUGAUCGGCAAGACCAUUGGCACCAGCUUCGUGAACCUGGCCGCCGAGCACUUUGCCAAGCUGGAGCUUGGUGUCGACUCGGACGGCAACAGCAACACCUCGCCCAAGAAGCUCCGCACCAAGAUCAUCGAGCUGAGCGGCAGUGUUGAAGCCGCUUGUGCUCUGGGUGUUGCCGAUGGUAUUGUUGACCUUGUUGAGUCCGGAGAGACGAUGAGAGCCGCCGGCCUUAAAGCCAUCGACACCGUUGUCGAUUCGCAAGCCUGCCUUAUCAAGUCCCGUUCGCCUUCAAACACUGAACUGGUCGAUCUCAUCGCCGCUCGUAUCCGUGGUGUCAUCACUGCUCAGAAAUUCGUCUUGUGCCAGUACAACAUCGAGCGAUCCCGCCUGGCAGAUGCCAAGGCAAUCACCCCCGGCAAGCGGGCGCCGACCAUCACAACGUUGGACGAGGAGGGCUGGGUCGCCGUCAGCUCCAUGGUCGAGAAGAAGAAGAUUGCCCUCGUGAUGGACGACUUGACCCGCGUUGGCGCUCAGGAUAUUUUGGUGCUUGAUAUUCACAAUACUCGAUAG